UUCUGCGAGGAGUUCAAGGAGAAGUGUCCCAUCUGCGUGCCCUGCGGGCUGAAGCUGGCGGAGAAGACGCAGACGGCCAUCGUCCGGCACUUCGGCCUGCAGAUCCUGGAGCAUGUGGUCAAGUUCCGCUGGAACAGUAUGCCUCGUCUGGAAAAAGUUUAUCUAAAGAACAAUGUCAUGGGCCUUAUAUCCAGUGGAACUCAAAGUAUUCUGGAGGAGGAAAGUCACAUUAAGGAUGUCCUGUCUCGCAUCGUGGUGGAGAUGAUCAAGCGUGAGUGGCCUCAGCACUGGCCUGACAUGCUAAAAGAGCUGGAUACCCUCUCCAAGCAAGGGGAAACCCAGACAGAGCUGGUGAUGUUCAUCCUCCUACGUUUGGCAGAGGACGUGGUGACUUUUCAGACGCUGCCUACCCAGCGGCGACGAGAUAUCCAGCAAACCCUCACCCAGAACAUGGAGAAGAUCUUCAGCUUCUUGCUGAAUGCCCUGCAGCAGAACGUCAACAAGUACAGACGCAUGAAGACUGAUCUGGCUCAGGAGCCAAAGGCCCAGGCAAACUGCCGUGUGGGGAUAGCAGCACUCAACACUUUGGCCGGCUACAUUGACUGGGUGGCCCUGAGCCAUAUCACAGCAGACAACUGCAAGCUCUUGGAGAUGUUGUGUCUGCUUCUAAAUGAGCCUGAGCUCCAAAUAGGAGCAGCAGAGUGUCUCCUCAUUGCAGUCAGCAGGUAGGGUAAGCUGGAGGAUCGGAAGCCUCUGAUGGUCUUGUUUGGAGACGUUGCCAUGCACUACAUUCUCUCUGCUGCCCAGACAGCAGAUGGAGAAGGUCUGGUGGAGAAGCACUAUGUUUUCUUGAAGAGACUUUGCCAAGUUCUGUGUGCGUUGGGCAGCCAGCUGUGUGCAUUGCUAGGCUCAGAUUCUGAUGUGGAAACACCAGCCAACUUUGGAAAAUACCUUGAAGCGUUUUUAGCCUUUACAACCCAUCCCAGCCAGUUUCUGCGAUCUUCCACCCAGAUCACUUGGGGAGCCCUCUUUCGGCACGAAGUCCUGUCUCACGACCCCUUGCUGCUGGCUAUGAUUCCCAAGUAUCUCCGUGCAUCUAUGACCAACCUAGUGAAGGUGGGCUUUCCUUCUAAGACAGACAGCCCCAGUUGUGAAUACUCCCGCUUUGAUUUUGACAGUGACGAGGACUUCAAUGCUUUCUUCAACUCCUUCCGAGCCCAGCAAGGAGAGGUGAUGAGGAUGGCGUGUCGUCUAGACCCUCGGACUGGUUUCCAAAUGGCUGGUGAAUGGCUGAAGUACCAGCUCACAGCUCCUCUUGAUGCUGGACCCAUGAACUCUAAGACAGGUGAAGGUCUCUGCUCCAUCUUCUCCCCAUCCUUUGUGCAGUGGGAUGCCAUGACCACCUUCUCAGAGAGCGUCAUCAGCCAGAUGUUUCGAACCAUGGACAAAGACGAAAUCCCAGUGAAUGAUGGCAUAGAUCUGUUGCAGCUUGUCCUUAAUUUUGAAACAAAGGAUCCUCUCAUCUUGUCCUGUGUGCUCACCAAUGUCUCUGCUCUCUUUCCAUUUGUCACCUAUCGACCAGAAUACCUACCACAAGUACUUUCCAAGCUGUUUGCUUCAGUUACCUUCGAAGUUGUAGAAGAAAGUAAGGCUCCUAGAACUCGGGCAGUGAAGAAUGUGAGAAGGCAUGCAUGCUCCUCUAUCAUAAAGAUGUGUCGGGACUACCCUCAGCUUGUCCUGCCAAACUUUGAGAUGUUGUACAACCACGUGAAGCAGCUGCUCUCCAACGAGCUACUUCUGACGCAGAUGGAGAAGUGUGCUCUUAUGGAGGCCCUCGUCCUCACCAGCAACCAGUUCAAGGACUACGAGCGGCAGAAAGCUUUCCUGGAGGAGCUCAUGGCUCCCGUUGCUGGCCUGUGGCUCUCCCCAGAGAUGCAGAGAGUCCUCUCAGAUCCUGAAGCCUUUAUCUCCUAUGUGGGUGCAGACAACAAAAUUGCAGAUCCAGUCUUGGAAGAUCCUAGUGGCCUGAACCGCUCUAGGAUAAGCUUUUGUGUGUACACCAUUCUGGGAGUUGUGAAACGAGCACGUUGGCCCGCUACUAUUGAAGAGGCGAAAGCUGGAGGAUUCUUGCUGGGAUACAUGCCCAGCGGAGCUCCCAUCUACCGUAAUCCCUGCACUGAGCAGGUUCUGAAGCUUCUUGACAAUUUACUUGCUCUUAUAAGGACUCACAACAAUCUCUACACACCAGAGAUGGUGGCUAGGCUGGGGGAAACAUUUGCAAAGGCCUUAGACAUGCUGGAGGUGGAGAAGAAUGCCAUCCUAGGUCUCCCUCAGCCUCUGCUGGAGCGUUACGACUCUCCUGUUUACAAAACUGUCUUAGAAAGGAUGCAGGGCUUCUUUUGUACCCUCUACGACAACUG